ACACUAAAACUUCUUUUCCCCGCCAAACCGAAAAACACACACACACACACACAGAGGCUCUCUUUCGUCGAAACGACACGCUGUUUCGCUUUUUUGAAACAAAAAACGCGAAAAUGGUGCUAAACGACGUGCCGUUAAACGCGAUCCCUACCACGUGUGUUGUCCUCAACGGCCGAGGAUUCGUCGGAAGAUCGCUGGUGUCUCGUUUGCUGAGACUCGGCAACUGGAUCGUCCGAGUCGCCGAUUCCGCUCAGCCUCUCCAGCUCGACUCCUCCGAGUCCGACUCGCUCCUCGCCGAUUUUAUCUCCUCCGGUCGCGCUGAGUACUGGCGAGUCGACGUUCGCGAUUUGUCUCAGAUCAAACGAGCUUUUGAAGGUGCUUCUGUUGUGUUCUUUAUGGAUAGCAGUGAUUUGGACACCAGUGAUUUCUACAAUUGCUACAUGAUCAUAGUUCAAGGUGCAAAAAAUGUGAUCAAUGCUUGUCGAGAGUGUCAAGUUAGACGGCUCAUAUACAACAGUACAGCAGAUGUAGUGUUUGAUGGUUCACAUGAUAUUUAUAAUGGAGAUGAAUCCUUAACAUGCCAUUGGAAAUUUCAGAAUAUGAUGUGUGACCUGAAGGCUCAAGCAGAAGCUCUAGUUCUGUUUGCUAACAAUAUUGAUGGUCUUCUGACAUGUGCUCUUCGUCCUAGCAAUGUUUUUGGACCAGGAGAUAAACAGUUUGUGCCUUCUCUAGUGAAUUUAGCUAAAUCUGGUUGGGCAAAGUUUAUCUUAGGAAAUGGUGAAAAUAUGUCGGACUUCACCUAUGCUGAGAAUGUUACUCAUGCUCAUGUCUGUGCAGCUGAAGCUCUAGAUUCACGAAUGGUCUUUGUGGCUGGGAAGGCUUUUUUCAUCACCAAUCUCAAGCCUAUGAAGUUCUGGAAAUUUGUAUCUCUUAUAUUGGAAGGCUUGGGAUAUCAAAGACCGUUUAUAAGACUUCCUAUUAGUUUGGUUUCGUAUAUCUACUUGCUUGUCAAAUCGACAUGUGAAAGGUUGGGCUUGAGAUCACAUAACCAUUCUCUGUCGGUGUUUUACUUUGUUCAAUUAGCCACACACACCAGGACAUUUGAUUGCACUGCUGCGCAGAAACAUAUUGGAUACUCACCAAUUGUCUCCCUGGAAGAAGGUGUCUCUUCAACCAUUGAAUCAUUCUCUCACUUAGCCAAAGACUCACCUUUAGCGCAUUACAGUGACUUAAAUGAACAAUCAAAAGUGGAAAAACUGCUAGGCGGUGGCAAAGUUGCAGACAUUUUGCUUUGGAGAGAUGAGAAGAAAUCAUUUACAUACUUUUUCGCUCUGGUUGUGUUGUUUUACUGGUUUUUCCUUUCUGGAAGAACUUUUACCUCGUCUGCAGCCAACCUUCUAUUGUUGGUCUCAAUUGGUCUUUUUGGAUAUGGCUUUUUACCAUCGAACAUAUUUGGUCUCAAAGUUCCAAGCAUACCUUUGUCUAGUUUUGAGAUCUCAGAAACUCUAAUAAAAAAUUCAAUGGCAAGAAUAGCAUUUUUAUGGAACCGGGGGAUUUGGAAUUUAAGAACAUUGGCUAAAGGAGAUGAUGUGAAUAACUUCAUCAAGGUAGUACUUGCACUUUAUCUUCUCAAGCUAAUUCUUUUGCAAUCGUCCUUAACUGCCUUGAUAGCCGUAGCUUUGGUCUUCUCCUUCACUGCAUUCUUUGUUUACGAGCAAUACGAAUCAGAACUAGAUGGCCUAGGAAAGCUCCUUCUUAAUUGUAGAAAGAAAUCAAAAACAUUGUUGAUAUGCUAUCUACCAACUCCCGUUGCAUCAUUUCUUCGUAACUAUAGGAUAUUGCAUGAACCCAAUGCCCAUACAGUGGUAAACGAUUGGCAAUGAUUCCACGACUCGAUGUUUUUCUCGACUGAGUUUUAAAUUGUUUGUAUAUGAUCUGGUAGCUUAAUUAGGCUUUGUCUCAAAACUGUAGAGAUGAUUGUGUCCCCUAAAAAAUAAUAUAGAUGGGGUAUAUAUUCAUAUAGUGCAAAUUCGUUGUUAAUGAUGUUCAAUCUUUUAAUUGACCAUUAGGUAUCUAGUGUCUUUAAUUGUCUGGAUUACUCGAAACGUUGAAUCUUAUCUCAGCUGCUUAGCCAAAAGU